CAGGUAAACAGUUUUUGAACGAACUAAUUAAUUGAAAUUCACUGUCACUUAAAAUGUGAUUUUAACAAGACUGUUAAAGAUAAUUGAUUAAGAUAAAGUGCAAAUAGACACAAUAGAAUUGUUUGCUAAUAAUAUAAAAAUAAAUAUGUAAAAAUAAAAUAUUUAUACAAAAUGAGAAAAUAUUUAAAGAACCAAAUGAAAAAAGUUCAAUGUUUUCCAAAUUGGAACAAAGAGUUGUGAACGAAUGAGUAUUUAUCAGAAGUUACCACCUCUAUACGAUUUCGAUAAUUACGAUCACUGUUUAGCUCAACCAUCCUCCACAUAUUGUUUAGUUUUUGCUGAAAUCCAAUCAAAUAUAGACAAUGGUAUCUGGUUGAAUAUUGAAAAUCUCUCAAUGGAUUUAUUACAUCAUUUUCGUCAUGAAAAUUUAUUUUUUGGUGUUUGUAUUGACCAGUGUAAAGAAUUGCUUAAUGGUAUGACUCCUCUAGAAAUGGAAAGUUACUCCGCCAAUAGCUCCCUAGAUAAUGAGAUCACAAAUUAUCAUGGACGUAUCCACAAACGUCAAGAGGAUCUUCAGAAUCAGUUGUUAUAUCAAAAACUUUUAGAAAACUGUCUUAAUUAUCGUUUUCAACAAAAAUAUAAUUUGUCGUUAAGAACCAAUAUUGAGUAUUGUGAAAAUUCCGAAAGGACUAAUAACUUUGAUGCUUUGGAUAUUACAUUUGCCACUAUAUUAAUAACAAUUAUAAUUCUUAAUAUCAUAUCGUCUCUAUACGAUUAUCGUUUAAAACUGCAACAUGCAACAGUAAUCGGUAAUAAUGAUUUUUACAAAAACAAAAUACCGGAACCAGCAAUUAAUCAGCUGCUAACAUCUUUUUCAAUAUGUCGUAAUUAUUUUCGCAUAACUGCUGCUGCCACGCCCACAAAACCUCAACAUUCCGAUCUAAAUUUUACUUAUGCAUUUCGUGUCUUCGCUUUAUUUAUAGUUAUUUUAGGUCACUGUAUAAUGCUGAUCAUGUCUGUACAAAUAGAAAAUCCUGAAUUUAUAGAAAAUUAUUAUUAUAAAGCCGAAACGAUGUUAUUUCAAAAUGGUUCUGCCAUAAUACAAAUAUUUUUUGUAUUAGCUGGUUUUCUAUUAAAGUUAAACUUUGAUGAAAAGCGUUUGAUAAGCAAGGAUUCAAGUUUUAAAAUGGGUUUAUUUGUAUAUAUACAAUGUUUUUUAAAUCGUUAUUUAAGAUUAUUACCUUCAUUAUUAAUGGUUAUACUAUUUAAUGCUACAUUUUUAAUACACUUGGAAGAUGGUCCAUUUUGGCGUCAUACUUCUGAGUCAGAGUAUACAUUUUGUCGAGAAUAUUGGUGGAAAAAUGUUUUGAUGAUCAAUAAUCAUAUGCUUGAAGAUAGUUGCUCUCAACAUACUUGGUUUUUAGCAGCUGAUAUGCAGUUGUAUGAAUUGUUUCUAUUUACCGUAAUUUUAACUGCUAAAUUUGAAGUCUUGAGAAAACCUCUUUAUAUACUAUUUUGGAUAUUAGCAUUUCUAGUGCCAGGACUAUUAACAUAUUUCUAUAAAUUGGAUGCAAUACAUUUUCUAAAGCCAGAAACAUUUCGUUAUUUGUACUUUAAAGAUACCGAUACAUUUUAUUUAACAUAUCCACAAUUUUACUGUAAUAUGGGUGGUUAUUUAGUGGGCUUCAUGUGUGCUGAAAUCUAUUUAAAAGUAUUACUACCACAAAAACAUAAACUCUCCAAAUAUCGAGGUUUUAUGAAAUUUGAAAUCAUUUUAUUAUUUGUUAUCUUUCUCACUGGCAUCGGACUUCUGUUCUCUGGUAAUUUGGUACUGCAAUAUAAUUUUGAAAAACCUUCAGUUUGGUUGAGUUUAUAUGCCAGUUUAUAUCGUAAUAUUUGGUCCAUUUUUGGUGGUUUUAUUUUAUUGUUUAUGCUAUUGAAAAUGGGCUGGAUUGCUUAUGAAAUCGCUUGUUUACCUAUAUUUCGUAUAUUGGGUAGAAUAUCUUUUCAAUCAUAUUUGUGGCAUGUUACGGUCUUACGAUUUUUAGGGGGAUUUUAUCGCCAACCUAUAUAUUUGAAUGAAUUUUAUGUGGUUAAACCACUAAAAUUGGACGCUAUUUUGUUUUACUCUUUACAGGUGGGUCAAAUAAUAUUGGCCUUUAUAUUAACAAAUUUCGUAGCAUUUUUCGUGGCUCUAUUUGUGGAAUAUCCAAUAACCGGAAUUAUUCACUAUAUAUUGAAAAUGGAAAUACCGAAAAAUCAAAAUGGUGAAAUUGGCAAUGAAAUGAAACCACAUUUAGCUCAAAUUCAUGUGUAAAUAAUGAUAAUAUGAAAAUAUAAUAAAUACAAAAUAACGA